AUGGACCCGCCGGGACCCGAGGGGCCCACAGAUCUUCCGGCAGCCCCUGCCCAGCCCAGGGUGCACUGCCAGGCCUUCCGGUACCCGCUCGCCGUAGAUUGCUCCUGGACCCUGCCACCUGCCGCAGACUCCACUGGGCCCACGUCCUUCAUUGCCACAUACAGGCUUGGCGUGGCCGCCCAUGGGGAGAGCCAGCCCUGCCUCCAGCAGAAGCCGGAAGCCACCAGCUGCAGCAUCCCGGACAUCCAGAUGUUCUCCAUGGUGCCCUACAUGCUCAACGUCACGGCUGUCCACCCCGGGGGCGUCAGCAGCAGCUUCGUGCCCUUCGUCCCAGAGCACAUCAUCAAACCGGACCCUCCAGAAGAGGUGCGCCUGAGCCCCCUCCCCGGGCAGCAGCUGGGGGGGCACCUCCCCGACCCCACUGACCCACCCUCCUUCUGCCCGCAGGUGGGGCCCAUCGAAGCCACAUCCUUCACCCUCAGGGCUGUGCGACCCCGAGCCAGGUACCACAUCCAAGUGGCCGCUCAGGAUCUCACCGACUAUGGAGAGCUGAGCGACUGGAGUCUCCCCGCCACCGUGUCCGUGACCCUGGGCAAGUAGCGGGUGUCCCAGCACCCAGGAAGAGGGGCUGGGUCCUCGACAUCCACCUACCCAAAGGUGGAUGGGACCUGAGUGUCCCGGCUUCUCUGCUGCUGACUUGUGGGGAACCCACAAGUGACAAGUGACUUUGCU